AUGUCCGCCUCAUUAGCGCCCGAGUGUAACGAAGUAAAAGAGUAAUUAUCCCUCGGAACCGAUACUCGGGCCAAAGCAUCUCAGCUAAUCCCUUCACCCAAAAGACGCUACGACUCCUGCUUCCUGAAGUGGUACUCGGAAAAGUACCUACGCGGUACCGCGACGACAGAUGAGUGCGAGCCUUUGUUCAAGCAAUACAAGUCGUGCUUGAGUGUACGUUUGCCCGCCUUUUGUCGGAGCGCGGCUUGCUAAUUGUCUCCUGCAGAAAGCCCUCAAAGAGCGCGGCAUUGAUACGAUGCUGGAAGAGGCGAGAACGGACAAUCGCGAGAAUGAUGUCGAAUAUAUGAAACCGAGCGCGAGGAGUCGAUGA